AUGUGGCUUGAUCGCCAAGGAAUUUACCAGAAACGGAAAAUCGAGAGAGUAGAGCAAGAAACGGAAGGAGACGACUCCAGAAAUAGGGAGAAUAAACAUGUUCGCAGAGAAUGUGAGAAGGCGCGUCUCCUCUCGGACAAGGUAGAGCCAUUUAUUAGCUUGCGCCCCCGUCAAUGGCACUCUCAGGAACCAAUCAGUGGGCUGCGACCCUCGACGCUGGUCCACUUCGUUGUCAGGAGAGUCGCGUGUCACUGGGAGAGCCUGAGAUAUAACCGCAAUAAUACAAUCGCAAUAUACUUACGUGAUAGCGAGCUCUCUAACUCUUUCUCUUAUGUGUUGCAGGUGCUGGACAAGGACCGGGAAGGACUGUCCCGGAUGAAGAAAGUCGUCAAGAGCCUGGGGGCGAAUGGACAAGCUUACGUGGGCUCAGAGGUGGACAUGAGUGAUGCUCUCAAGAGGCUGGGUGAGAUUGGAGGGCGGCCGGAGGACAAGAACCUGAGCGAGGCCUUCCACAAGUUCGCAGUCGUCAUCAGGGAACACUCUCAGCUCCUGCAGCAGCUGAUCAUAAAUCAGCGCAACAAUUUGCUCCACCCUCUUGAUGGCGUCCUGAAGGGUGACCUCAAGGGUGUAAAGGGUGACUUGAAACAACCCUUUGAUAAAGCAGCCAAGGUUUACGAUGCAAAAUUUGCAAAAAUAGAGAAGGAUAAAAAGGCACAGGCAAAGGAAGCAGGUUUCUUUAAAGUAGAAGUUGAUGCUGCAGAAGUUGCUGAGGAGAUGAGUAAAGAAAGAAAAAUGUUUCAGCUUCAGAUGUGUGAUUACUUGAUAAAAGUCAAUGAGAUCAAGACAAAGAAAGGAGUUGAUUUCUUACAAAAGUUGGUAGAAUACUACCAUGCAUAUUGCAAAUAUUUUGAGGAAGGAAUGAAGACUUGGGCACACUUUGGCACAUAUGUAACAGAGCUGAGUGAAAAGCUGCGUGAUGUAAGACAUAGACAAGAGGAGGAACGGCGUCGUCUGCUUGCAACUAGGAAGAUUAUCAGCAGUUCCCUUUCAGCAGAAGCUAAAACAGAAGUUGGAGUUGCACCACCAGGGUAUUCCUUGCAUCAGAAACAGGGUAACAAAAUCCAUGGCACAAACAAGAUUGGUUAUUUGUACAAAAAAUCUGAAGGUAAGAUGCGCAAAGUGUGGCAGAAGAGGCGCUGUGAAGUGCGUGAUAGUAUCCUUUGCAUCCAUCACUCUGAUGAGACCAAACCACCUGUUACUGUACCUCUGCUCACAUGUCAAGUCAAAGCCAGCAUGGAUGAUCGCAAAUGUUUUGAUCUAGUUUCCUAUAACCGGACAUACCACCUGAUGGGGGAGGAUGAAGUAGAGGCGAGUGCCUGGAUGUCAGUUCUUCUUAACAGUAAAGAGGGUGCACUGCAGAAGGCAUUGUGUGAUGACACUCCAGGACCAUCCCCAGCAGAUUCAGGCUUCCGGGAACUGCAACAGCGAAUUAUAUCUUAUGUCAGGGGACUCCCUGGAAACAAUUUGUGCUGUGAUUGUGGUGGAACUAAUGAUGUCACCUGGCUUUCUACAAACUAUGGCAUUAUGGUCUGUAUUGAAUGUUCUGGAAUUCAUCGAGAUCUUGGAGUCCAUGUUUCUAGAAUACAAAGCUUAACCUUGGAUAAGGUGGGGACAGCACAGUUACUCCUCGCUCGGCACAUGACAAACAACUCUUUCAAUGAAGUGACAGAAGCUACAUCACCAAGAAAGCCAGAACCCACAAGCACUAUGGAUGAGAGAAGGGAGUUCAUCCAGUCCAAAUAUGUGCGAAGGGCUUUUGUCCAACCAACCACAGAAAACCCUGAGGAUCUUUUGGGGCAGUUGCGAGAAGUAAUUGAUAAAAAUGACCUUUAUGGCCUCCUACGUGUAUACUUUCAGGGUGCUGACUUAGGACUGCCUUUAUCACCAUUGGGAGAAUGUGCUCUACAUGUAGCCAUCUAUCAAGAAAAUGGUGCCUCACUUCCCCUGGUAGAUUUCUUGGUACAGAACAGUCAUUCUCUGGAUCGUCAGACUAAGGAAGGAAAUACUCCCUUGCAUUACUGUGUCAUCUACAACAAACCAGAGUGUAUGCGACUGUUGCUCAGAGUUGGUGCCAAUCCUAGUAUAGAGAAUAAUAAUGGCAAAAAUCCACAAGAUAUUGCUAAUGAACGCAACUGCAGGCUCAUGGCAGAUAUGCUCAGUCAGGCUCAACAGCAGAAAAAGACAAUGUUUGAAAAUGUGGAAUAUGAAUGGAAUCUCUCGGAUGACAAUUUGACAGACGUCUCAGAUGAUGAUGAAAAUUUCAAACAGAAUGGUAUGUCAACUCCUGAGAAGAAGAGCAGAAAUAGACCAGUCAGUAUGCCAGGGUCAGGUUCUCCUGGGUGCCAGCGAAGUGCUGACCAUUGUGGCCUAGGAGAUCACCGUGGUUUAGGGGACUACCGAGGCAGUGAGCAUCGAACUUCCUCCUCCCGCUGGAGAGCUCAGCCACCACUUCCACCUCCAGUGACCAGUAAACCAAUAUUGCCUCUCAGUGGUAACCUGCCAGAGACACUUCAGAAGCGGCCAGCACCUAAACCCCCCACUGGUGUAUCCCACCCCUCAUCCUUCUACUCCUCACGCUACUCAAGUCACUCCCGCACGCCCUCUGACCCUAUGCUGGGACCCUCGCCUUACCACCCAGGCCUGCCUCACAACAACAACAACAACAACAGUGGAGGGGGUGGUAGCCUUGGGGGAAUGGGGCACAAGAGGAGCCCAUCAACUGAUUCUAGUAAUAGUGUGUUCUACCCUCAACCUUCUUCUUCUUCCAACACCACCACUACUUCCUCUGGGGCUACACGCUUCUCUCUUUCACAUAACUUGCCCCCUGAGGCUAAGUCAGGUAGUACAAGUGAUGGCAGAUUAUUGGACACAGACACAUCUCCUUCAUCAUCUCCUCAAGAAUCUCCAAAUACCUUCAUUAAUGGAAGAUCCACAGAAUCUCUUUCUUCUCUUGUCUCAGAUGACCCACGUCCUCCCCCAAGAAGGAGAAUGGGUUCGGUGCGUCAGCGAAGAUGUCAGGCACUUUAUGACUGUGAUGCAGAUUUAGAUGAUGAAUUGAGCUUCACUGAGGGUGAAAUAAUAAUUGUGUUGAAAGCAGAAACAGAAGAUGGAGAUUGGAUGGAAGGCAUGAUAGAAGGCCAACCCAACCGACGAGGAAAAGUGCCCAUAAAUUUUGUUCACAUGUUGACUGACUAGAACGAACUUACAGUGGAGCCAUUUGUUUUAUGGCCCAUGGCUCAGAAUCUGUGUAAGCUUAUGAAAAAUUGUUUCAAACCAUAGCUCAAAUGUUGAUAAAUAUAAUACUUGUGCACUUUGGGAACACUGUGAGGGAAAAGUAGUGACCACAUUUGGUGCUGCAGGUAUUCUCCAUUCCGUGUACCGGUGCUUUUGACAACUGAUCAUAAUACGUGUGGAGUUGGGAAAUGGUGGACAUCUUCCAGAUUUGUUAUAAUUAAUAAUAAUCUUCCAUUGAUAGUAAGAUAAUAUGAGCCUUGAUCUUCAUAUUUUUUUCUUACAUAGUAAUGGACAGUGAUUAUUAAAUGUAAGUCAAAAGGCAUGUCUUUAUGCUCAGUGGCUGUACAGAUUUGAAUUCAUCUGUUAGGUUCCUUUAUUCUAACAUGUUUUAGCACAAAUGAAGUUUUUACCUACAGCCCCUGUACAUUAGAUUCAUAAAUGAUGUUUAUUACUUGUAGACUAUUUCUUACUUGAACAUGUGGUUUAAGUAUCUUUUUUUUUAAGGAACAUUAUUUUAGCAUUCCAUGUCUUGUCCUGUGUCACAUAUUCCUUUUCUAGUAGCAUUUGUUUUUCCAUUCCAUGAUUUUCAGUGUUAGAAGAUAAUGUACAAAUAAUAAGAUAAGUGUAUUAUUAUUAUAAUUUAAACCAUAGAACUGCCACAGUGUUUUAUGAGGUCUUUUAUACAGAUCUCUUUCUUAUUUUCAUGAAGCAUACAACUUCACCAUAUGGACUGUUUGAUUGAAAACCAAUGCAUGUCUAGUUGUUUAUCUGAAGUGAAAACUGUUUUCCAGGCUUUGGAAAGAGGAAUCCAAAAUAGUUUGGAAUCUUUACUUUGAUCUUUGAUAACUAAGAGACUUGAAAAAACUCUGUAAACCUGAUGAUUUAUGGACAAAAAUUUAUAAGCCAGAAUAUGUGCACAUUUAUUUGUUAAUAAUACUGGUAAAUACUGUAUUUAAUUUAUUUAUGUAUUAACCAUAUGGCUGGAGUUUUCUUAGUUUUAUUACUAGUAACAGAGGAAGUGAAAAGUUUUUGUUCAGUUAUUUGUUGAAUUUAAUAUGUAUAGUUACAUUCCUGAUAACAAGAUAACAAAACUCAGGUUUAAAUAUUUGCUGAAAAAAAAAACAUUUUGAUCCAUAAUACAGUGACCCAACCAGUUCGUCUUAAGGAAUACUAGUAGCCAGGUAAAAUUUCUUUGAUUUACCACAAAGGAGCAGACAUAUUUUUAUUCAUUUUUAUUUGAUUGAGGCACUUUUUAUAUUAAAAAGUGGGCAAAGAGAACUAUAUUGGGGAAGUAAGAAAUUUCUUGGCUGUUUUCAAAAUCCUGUUUAAUAUAGGCUUAAAGAAUUCAUACCUUUUUCAGUUUGAUAUUAUACAUAUAUAUGUGUAUGUGUGCCUGACUUGUUUAUCUGGAUAGGUAUGUGUGUAGGUAUAUGUGGGUGUGGCUGCAUCAUUGUGUGGGUUCUCACAUAUAUGUAUGUAUUUGCAUAUGUGAGUGCCUGCUUAUAUUGGUGUGUAGCUGUGGAUUGAUACAAAUAUGUGUGCGUGUGCGUGUGCGUGUGCAAGUGUGUGUGUGUGUGAAUAUAUACUUUCGUAUUUCAAGUAGGGAUAUGUUGAUGCAUGAAUGUGCAUGAGCAUGUGCAUUUCCAUAUAAAAUUUGCAUAUGUGUG